AUGAGGUACAGUUGUCUCCCCUCACCCACACACUGGCGGGCGGGGAUGCGGCAAGUCUGAAAAGCGCUCUUUUACUCACUCUCAUUUUGGCAUCGCUCACGAAGACUUUCCCUUCAAAUUUCAUGCCGAAUCUCUCUACGGAGAGUCUGUGUGAGUAGUUCAGGUGCUCGGAGUAAAGGCAAUUUCAACUGACCCGUAGUAAUUUAUACUGACUGAGUUCUGGAGAUUGGAAAAGGAUAAAAGGACAAGUAAGAUUUUAGCUUGAAUACAAUGAACACGUGUCCGUACACAAGGCAAGUUUGUUUUCUCAAAAUGCAGAUUGAUUGAAAAGACCAAUUCAGUGUAUGAUUAUUCAGAAAGCAUGCUGAAAAGUAUUUUAACGCAUAUUUAAUGUUGUCAACUCUAAACAGGAAUGACGAUACUUGAUUCAUACUUUUGAUGUGGAAAUAAGACCAUUCACGUUAAAGGAAUACAAACUGUGUAACAGAAAUUACAGGGAAAAAAAUGAAAAAGACAUUCCUAACCUGUGAAAUGCUUUGUGUGGAAACAACAGCCAAUUAAGUUCGCUGAAAAUCAUGUCUAGGGUUCUUGAAAAAACUUUAAAAAAUUGUUUGUUUGGCAUACAAUUAAGGAAAUGUCACCAACUUCACAAUAUCUCCAAGAAGUCUGACGAACCUUUGGUCUGAAUUCGGAUAACAUGUAUUAGCAAUUGAUCUGGGCAAACUAUAGUUGUUAAGAACAUUACAACCUUGUUAUCAAAGUUAUCAACUUCGGUCAGUGUUUUCCUGUUGGUGAGCUAACGAGAAGUUCCCCUGGCUAUAACUGUGACAGUUGAGAGUGCUCCAAGCUCGCCUGAUUCUGUGACUAACCCAGCUCCGAGAUCGCGUAUCUGAUUGGUGUUGUUUUGUGACAGAGCAAGAGACUGGGACUCCAGACGGGAUUCUUCGUCUUGGUCUUGAUAGUUAAUGCUCAACAUGUCUCCUGAGGACAAUUUCACUAUGAAUGGAACGGGCAUGAUGCCGCCAGUAAUCGACAGAUGGGGCUGGCUGACCAAGAUCUUCCUGUCCCACAUUAUAGUGGCUGUGGGUCUAGUGGCCAAUGUGUUCACCUUUAUCGUGAUGAAGACCCCGCGGCUACGGUACAAAUCCUACUCUCACUACCUGAGCGCUCUGGCUGUAUUUGACAGUUUGGUUCUGAUAGGUCAAGAGGUGCACAUGGUCCAUGAGAUCUUGCAGCACUUAGACGAGCCAGGCUUGUUCGGCGCUUUUUCUCACAGUGCUUGUAAGGUGUUCACGUUCGCUCAGGCCGUGUGCAACCUGAUGUCGUCCUGGCUUAUCGUGGCCAUGGCUAUAGAGCGCAUGUGCGUGGUGUACAUGCCCUUCCGGCGGAACAUGUGGUGCCAGCAGCGCGGGGCAGUCAUCAUCAUACUCACUCUCUUCUUUUUCAUGUCCUGCACGCAGAUAUUCCGAUUUGCCUUGGUGGAAAAUAAAGACGGCGAGUGUGUCGGUGCGGACGAGCACAGUGGCGUGUAUCUGCCUCUACACAUCUAUGUGUACCAGUUCGCUCUGCUGUUCAUUGCACCCGUUCUCAUCGUGCUCGUGUGCAACAUCGCAGUCCUCAUCAAGAUCUUCAGCGUGGAGAAAGCCACCCAGAACGAGGACUCUUCCUCCACGAGGCUUACAGGCAGCGCACGUAGACGCAGCAAAACCACACGCAUGCUUGUGGCAAUCUCUCUGACAUACAUAGUGACCACUCUACCCCUGGUCGUGCUCACCAUUACAGUGUACGUGCUCACUCUGAAGGUCAAGGGGAACCCAGCACUUGCGGUGACUCUGUAUGGGACGGUGCCGUGGCUACACUUUUUGCAGGCAGUCACAAAUCUGAACUACGCGUCCAAUUUCUUCAUUUACAUUCUGUCUGGGAAAAAGUUCCGCAUCGAACUGCGGCGCGUCUUUGUCUCAGACAGACGAGGCAACAGCUUCAUGGGAGGCAGUUCAAGGACUCGGGAUGAAAUCAUUAUGAUGUGACGAUACGACCAACGGGAGGAUUCAUGAGCCGGCUCCAGGUGUGAGGUUACAGAUCUGAAGUUGUGGUCUGAUUGUUAUGAUGUACCGCUGGGUGGUAACACCACGAAUCAUGUUCCCUGCUAUGAGGUUACAGAUUUAAGAGUCAUCGAUCAUUAUGGUAACUAUGAUAGUGUCGACAUCUUGAAUUACCUCUAAUGUGGUUGAGCUAUCCUUUGUGUUGGGCCUAAAACGGCUACCCUAACUAAUGUCACACGACAUAAUACGUGUACAAUACGACGGUCGUGAUGAAGGGACUACGUGGUAGUGAGCCGGUAAAGCAUCGGUAUCAUGGCACUCACAAUUAUAAUGAGAGGGCCGUAGUCAUUUGUACCGAAGCUUCCAGUUACCGAUUAUAUGGGAACAGAUCUUCACGAAAAAGUUCUGAUGUCAUUACCAUAUUAUUGCUAAUGAGACCCCUCCUGUGUGAAGUCACAUUAGGUCUGUGUCAGAUCAUCACGUGGGUAUGGUCACCAAAUUGAGGGUUGGCAUGAUACUACAGCAACAUGUUUCUAAUUACGCUAUUGUGAGUGGUCUGAAAUUGUUGAUCCACGUUGGGAAAUUAAUGCCGGACUGCCAUGCCGCUUCUGUGACGGAAAUCAGUUGCUGAUGCAUUUCCAGAGAUUGUCAUGAAAAGGACAGCGAGAUGUCUCCCUACAAUGUGGUUAAUGAUUUAGUCCUGAUAUAGUUACCUUUAGAUGCUCUAUGAUUAGACAUAUAAUCUGAACUUUGGAAUGUGAGGACACUAAAUUUGUGUUUGCCAAAUGAAAUAAUAAUAUCAUAGUUUCUAGGUUUCUUUACCAGGAAGAGAUGAGUAUCUUGUUAUGGGAUGUGGCUGGUUGAUGUUGGAGUCAAGGUUGAAGUUUCCAUAUUUAAGCAUUGGGGUAUCUGACUGAAGCAGCUAGACACUCCUAUACUGAUAACUUGGCGAUACAAAUAUCCCAACAGUCUGUAAUGCCUUUUGGUAACGUAUUUGAGUCAUGAUCGAACGCUGCCAUGAUGGACAAAGCGUACAAAUUUAAAUGAAACUCACAUUGAUGAUAUCACGGGUGUUCAUGUCUGUUGUAUAGAAUAUACAGGAUAAACUGUUCCGACCUUUAAAAAGAUACGCAAGAUAAUAUGGGGGAACAGCUUGUGGGAGCUCAGUCCUUGGUGUCUGUGGUGUAGCGGUUAAGCGUUUCUCUCCGGCACGCAAAAGCACCGAGUUCGUUUCCCGAGUGGCAAUACUUUUCAUUGGGUAUCUUGGUUUAUCUGCUGCGGUGAUGAAUCCAUCUAAGUGUUGGUUGGCUCUGACAUGCAGGGUCGAAGACUUUCUCCAAAAUAAUCUUGAUUGUGUCGAAGGAGGUAUAAAAACAACUAAAUCAAAAUGAGACAUCUUGUUGUCAAGAUGUCAUGUUUGUCAGUUUUUGAACAAACCGAUUUAAACUGCCAAUGAAUAACUUGUAUACUUUUAUCAUACUUAUAAAAGUUUAAAAUACAAUGCUAUAACAGACUUUAUGGCGAAUAUCUCACUAAGAUGUCAAAAGAUACUGUCUUGGUAUGUUAUGCACGACACUUGUUUUUAUCUGAGAGAACAGCUCUGGUUAUUGAAGCGUUCAAACUUAAUGAUAUACAAAGUGUUUGUUUCGAUGUUUUGAUUUAACUCUUUUUUAAUUUCACUUAAAAACGUUGAUCAAAGGUACAAACAAGUAAAUUUGAAUUUUCCCCAAGCGUUGGAAGUCACCAGGCUAUGGCGACCAUUUUCUCGCUAUUUUUUCUUUUGACACCAGGCGAGCCCCACCUCUGUCAAUCGGAAAUUGUCUACUUCCUUUCAAGAUAAUUGGGUAUUUUACCCAUCAAAAGCAAGAAAAAUGAGCAGGCUCUAAGAUGAUAUGAAUAAUUUCUUGUACCAAAAUAUUGUCGAGCGACUGAUUCCACCGAGUCGUGAUUCUGUUUCAUUGCAUGUUUCUUUUACUACGCUAAGUUUUUCAAAUUUUCCUGACCCCCCCCCCCCAACACAUUAUGUUAUUAAUUCCUGCAUCAAAUUAGCACCCAAAUGCAUUUGACAAAGGCUUGACCCUCAAAGAGUAAUACUAUGAGUUCUCUAAGAAGGCUUCUGAGCUUAAUUAUCAACUUUAAAGUGUGCACUUACUUACUUCGUUUACUUUUUUCUUCCGCUUGUACCCUGGGGUGUCGCGGGGAGACACAGUUGUCUGUCUGCAGCAAGUCGUGUGGCCUGUAGGAGGGACAUCGCAUGAUGAAGUGAGCACAAAAAGUCCAAAUGCGGUCCAAAGUCAAAUAUCUCUUGAACGGGGGAAUCAAUGUUACCCAUACUUUGCACAACAGUCUGUAUCAAUUCGUCUUACCUUAAUCAUGUUUUCCAUAAAAAUCGAGGCUAGAUUAACAACUUUUCUUUAUAGAUUAAUAUGAAAGUUGUAUACGUCUUGUAUACAGCACUUUCCGCUUCUCACACACAUUAUCAAUAGGCUUAUGGACCACGUCACAGGUCACCAGUGACACUUUUUAGUGGCAAAACUUGUUAGAAAAAUUACUUUUACAGUGAACCCACAUGCGUUCAGUAAGCAUAAUGUCGCGAUUAGAAAAGAACAAUAAUGACGGACUUGUUUGUAAAAGCGAUAUUGUCCGAGCUGUAAACCUUUUAAAAUCUGUAGAAACCACCAACUGGGAUCUUUAACGAGUAGUUAUUAUGAACUUUCUAAAAUACAGCGUACAGUUGUUUACAACAUUUAUGGUGAUCUGUUAAGAUAAAUUUAUAAAAGUCUUUGUGCAUAAGCUGGAGACUUUUUCAAAGAUAGUUGAGGAAAUAUUUGACAAUGAGUUGAGCCACGAAUUUUUGACCGCACUAUAAACCAUGUGAACCCCAAGGAUAUCAAUUCGUUUUUGUUUAUGGAGACAUUGGGCUGACGUCCACUGAGAAAGAAGCUGCCGACAAUUAUGGGGCUUUUAUGAUGUUUAAAGUGAAUAUAUACAUAAGUGGAUAUAUACUUUACGUAAUAUACAGAAUACUAGAAAGAGAGCAAGAACAAGCGAGUGAGUGAAUGAGAGAGAGAGAGAGAGAGAGAGAGAGAGAGAGAGAGAGAUGGAGAGAGAGAGAGUGAGGGAGAGAGAGAUAGAGA